CCGGGGUUUCGCAGCGCAGACCUUCGGCAGCUGCUGACUUUUCAGCCUCGGGGGUUUUGCGCUAGCUUCGCUCGCUGCGCUGCUGGCAAGGGGUGUCCCGGGAUGCCGCUGGGCUGCUUUCUCCGUGGAGCUUAAACUUCCUCGCCCGCCGCCCGGAUGGGACUUCGGGACUGCUUCUCCAGUGAAUAUUGAAUUGCUGAAGAAUUUGGGGAAAAACCAGCUGCAGUUCCCAUUCCAUGGAUCCCUUGGGUGCGCCUUCUCAGUUUGUGGAUGUGGAUACAUUACAAAGCUGGAGCGACUCAUGUGAAGAUGAAUUAAAUGCUUCUGAUACUGCAGCUGAAAUAGUUCAGGAAGAUUCCAUCAGAUCACCUUUUCUUUAUAAUAAGCACAUUAAUGGAAAAGUGAUCCUUUGGAAAGGAGAUGUAGCAUUACUGAACUGUACAGCCAUUGUGAAUACCAGCAAUGAAAGUCUUACAGAUAAGAAUCCUGUGUCAGAAAGUAUCUUCAUGCUUGCAGGGCCUGAUUUGAAGGAAGAACUCCAGAAAUUAAAAGGUUGCCGGACAGGUGAAGCAAAGUUAACAAAAGGAUUCAACCUGGCUGCCCGAUUCAUCAUUCACACAGUGGGACCUAAAUACAAGAGCCGGUAUCGAACAGCAGCUGAGAGUUCCCUGUACAGCUGCUACAGAAAUGUACUUCAGCUGGCAAAAGAGCAGUCAGUAUCUUCUGUUGGAUUCUGUGUCAUCAAUUCUGCAAAGCGAGGUUAUCCUUUAGAGGAUGCAACACACAUAGCACUUCGCACUGUAAGGAGAUUCCUAGAGAUUCAUGGGGAGAACAUUGAAAAAGUAGUAUUUGCUGUCUCUGAACUUGAGGAGGCUACUUACCAAAAGCUGCUACCUCUGUACUUCCCAAGGUCACUAAGGGAGGAGAGACGGUCAUUGCCAUACCUACCUGCAGAUAUUGGAAAUGCUGAAGGAGAGCCUGUGGUACCUGAGCGGCAGAUUAGAAUAAGUGAAAAACCCGGUGCCCCAGAAGAUAACUCAGAAGGAGAAGAGGAUGAAGGCUUAGGAGUUGAUCUCUCCUUCAUUGGUUCUCAUGCUUUUGCUAGAAUGGAAGGAGACAUUGAUAAACAAAGAAGACUGAUCCUUCAGGGACAGUUGUCAGAGGCAGCCCUGCAGAAGCAACAUCAAAGAAAUUACAAUCGCUGGUUAUGUCAAGCAAGAUCUGAGGAUCUUUCUGAUAUUGCUUCUUUAAAAGCUUUAUACCAAACAGGUGUUGAUAACUGUGGUCGCACAGUGAUGGUGGUAGUUGGAAGAAACAUUCCUGUAACCCUCAUAGAUAUGGACAAGGCUCUCUUAUAUUUUAUCCAUGUAAUGGAUCACAUUGCUGUGAAGGAAUAUGUAUUAGUGUAUUUUCACACACUGACCAGCGAAUACAAUCACUUGGACUCCGACUUUCUAAAGAAACUCUACGAUGUUGUUGAUAUCAAGUACAAGAGGAAUUUAAAGGCUGUUUAUUUUGUUCAUCCAACAUUUCGUUCAAAGGUAUCAACAUGGUUCUUUACCACCUUUUCUGUCUCAGGACUGAAGGACAAAAUCCAUCACGUGGAUAGUCUUCACCAGCUGUUUUCUGCUAUAUCACCAGAACAGAUUGACUUUCCUCCUUUUGUCCUUGAAUAUGAUGCCAGGGAAAAUGGGCCUUAUUAUACAUCUUAUCCUCCCUCACCAGAUUUGUGACCUGCCAUCUUUAAGUGCUACUGGUUCUCAAGGAUACCAUACUCUCCAUGAGUUGCUACCUACUGAAGUGAUACUCAUUUUUGCUGUACAGAUCCAGAGAGCCUUUUGUCCCCACCUCUCUGGUAUUUUUUUAUUGACUGUAUAUUUUCUGGCAUAUACGCAAUCUGAAAAUGGUAGGCCAUUCUGAACUGCACACUUAUUUUAAAUUUGUAUAUUUGUAUUAAAUGGAAAUGUUCAUUUUUAAGAGGGCUAUAAAUAGACAUUGGGGAGCAGUUUUUGAGUAUCUUCAGUUUCCUGAAAGGACACUGGGUUCUUGGUUAGAUGAGCCACUCCUGUUCUUCACAUCACCUCUUGAACAUUGCACGUUUUCUUUGUGUACUUAAGACUUUCUCAAAAUAUAUAGAACCAAUAUAUA